AUGCUCACCAAACUAGGUCCGGCGGGUGACGUUAACCUUGCGGUCGACCUUGCCGCCUCAGCAGGGGUGUCCACCGUACUGAACGCUUCCCCUGCGCGGGAUGACGCAGUCCUCCAGCUCGAGUGGAUGGGGCGCACCACCAUGACCCCACCGUGCAAGCCCUUUCGACAGACGGGCCUCGAGGACAGCGUGGGCUGCGCUAUCGCCAUCGAGAAGACACCGGACCUCCGAUUCAGCAGGCUGGGGCUUUCGCCCGACGAGGUUGAGGCGUUGAAGGGCCAUCUGGCGGUGGCACCGAACGACUGGCGCAAAACAACAGUGGCCCCGUCGAUACGCAGUGUUACGCCCACAAUGGUACAUCAACCAUGGUUUGAGAACGUGAUGGAGCACUACCUCCAAGUAGAGGCCGUGUCUGUCGAGGUCUGGGUGCCGGAACACCCGUCAGGUUCGCGAUCGCUGGCGCUCCCAGGCAGCCCUACGACUGCCAGUGGACGCCUCAUGAGAGGGUUACGGCGCAGCGCCUUCCAGAUUGACAAGAUAUCGGCACUCACCGCGACGUUUCUGGUCCUGCACCUGCACGAUAACCGCGAUGCCAUGUUGCGCGUCUUCAACUUCCGGCCCGAGAUUAUCGCAUGGGACAUUUGUCACUCGCUGGACCUGGCCCUCUUUAUCGGCGAGGACAGGGCCCAACAGCUACUGCAGGCUCUCUUUGACCAAUUCCACGGCCUCCAGCGGUGCGAACUCGAAUCCCUACGUGCGGCAUGUUUCCUCCUUGUGGCCGUUGCACGGAGUAGAGAGGGGCCGUCGUCCUCAACCCGACGACUAAGCGACCACAGUUCACGGCUGAGCAUGCACCUCUCGCGGACUGUCAAGUUUAUGCCCCAGGGCUAUACCGAGGACGUCAAUCUACAUGGGGUGCGCUGUGGGCUGGCAUAUGCUGCUGUCGUGGCUCUGAAUCACCAAAAGCAAGUCGACACCACAUCCAAGCACCGCGAUGCCCAAGCCAACUCCGGUGCUACCGCUGCUAUGGCCGGUGCAGCUGCGCUGGCCGCGCCUGUAGGACCCCUGGCGGUCAGCCGAGCGGCUGAAGCGACGACCAAUCGACUCGCCAGUCCGUGGUUGCGCGGCCUGGAGAAGCGACAGGAGACUCACUCGGAGGCCGUCAAAGCCGUGAGCCAGUUAUUCAACGCCAAGGUCCUCGGCGACGUAGUCAACAGCGGGCAGCCCCAGCACGUUCUGGAAGCCGGGAUACCACCACUUUCUCCACAGGAGGUGUAUCAGUUCCGAAAGACUGCAGCGUCGGUUCUCAAACGUGUCAUUCCCCCUUCUGUCACCCUUGAAAUAGACGAUAUCCCGGAACCCCCCAAGGAGAGUUUAUGGACAAGAGUGUGGUCCCAGUCACCUCCUUUUGCACCACUGCCACGACAAAUCACCUCGCACAGCGAUCCCGGGCAACGUUCCACCACGGGAAGCGACUCGGACAGGACGCCACCGCGUGUUAGAACGGACACGAUAGACAGGCUACCUGGAACGUUCACGCCCGAUGAGCCAAUGUCAGUCGAUUCGUCCCCUCAAUCGAUACAUGCGCAACUCGCCUCGUUACCGGUCGAGAGCCCAGACGUCAUGACCGCCGUGUCUGACCUUGAACUCGCAAACACAAGGGGGGGAUACGACCGCAGCUACAGCAAAAGCCCGCCCGUGUGGAGGAAGCCACGGACCUACAGCGGUGGCAGCGGUAGCAGUGGCAAACGGCUGACGGCCUUCGGCAUGACCAAAAGUCCAAGCGCUAGCAGCACCAAGAGCCUGAUGAAUGGACUUGGGCGUGGCGCCAGCCCGAGCCCUCCCCCAGCGGUGUCGGCCAGCACACCCGGCACUCCCCGCAGGUUCAGUGAGCGUUUACGCGCUCGCAUGCAAUGGAGCUCCAAGUCCCCACCCUCUGGGAGCACCGCAGCGCCAAACAUGUCCGGCGAGUCUAGUGAUGGCUCCAACACUGCACCAAGCCCCGCACAUCUGCCACCAUCCCUUGAGGAGACCCAGCAGAAUGUACCGCCUGCGGAGAGUGAUGGCGCCUUACACCCGAGUCUCCAUGUCUUUGACGACGGUACGACCGCCUUCAGCCAUUCUCGCGUCGCAGCUGGCAUGUUCCCCAGCUUGAUUGCGUCCAGCACAGAGUCGUCAGCUGGUACGCUGGAGGCGCAGUUAUCCAGUUUCCCAUCUACGAGCACCGAGUCACCUCGGUUCGGGUGCUAG